AUGUGCGUUACCGAGAUCUGGAGUUAUCGCGAAUGCGGAUGUUUCUACAAUCACACAAUCCCGUGCCGGUCGCACCGAAGAGAGCAGACGCCGUGCUCUGCACCUAACACACAAUAUGCUCCGGAAAAAUGGCUCACAGAGACUUCAGUGGCUUUAGAAGUCUCCCACCCGCUGUUCAGACCACGAGCAACAUCCGUUGAGCCAGGGGACUGCCCGAAUCACCGAGUCGUCGAGAAGUCAUUCAUUAAUCAAAUCUGCGAAGACUGUCUGUUAGCAGAACUGGAGGGCCUUCCAUCCAGCCUCGGCACUAGUACCGUUGCUCAGGAUGGCCCUUCCGGCAACUUGGACAACGGAGAAGGACUGAUUUGGGAUAGUGAGGUGAAGAUUGAGAUUGAAAAUCCGAAUUCCGGGUUCUCAACAAGCCCAAGCGCGCCAGAGACGUCAGUACAGAAUCAAGAAAUACCGGAUGAGGAUGGGAGGAUUCUGGAAAGCCACGUCGAGAUCACAAUCGAAGACGAUCAUCACAGCAUCGUGGCCGAAAGCGCAGCUUCUUCAGAGAUUGUAGCACAUCAACCAAGCGGUCAAUCACAGUCGGCGUUGAUGCAGACCUCUCCAUCAAACAACUCUCGUGGUGGCCUUUGCCAACCAAAUUCUAGAGCUUCCGGAAGCAAGAGACAUGGGUGUGCCUUUCAGAAAAUCGAUGUUGUCAAUCUCGACGAUACGGAUAGUGAUGGCGGCGUCGACCUCCAGUGGCAUCAUCGCGAUCCUCAACCACUAUUGCGAGGAAGGCCUUUGAUGUGCUCGAACCUACACAACAGCCAGGUUCGCGAGCCUGAUGCAGAUAGCGCCCCAGUGCCAGGCAGAGAAAGAACUGGUAUCAAGGGCUUCCCCACGUUACAAAGCCUCAGGAGUCUCUCGAUGUCCUUGCGCGUAGGCCCGAGGUCAUUGGCAGUUGCCUCGGACAACUGCGGUUCUUCAGGAACAGGUCUAGCACCCUCUUCAAGCUCGGCAGGGACCAGUUCAAAGAAUCCAUUCCGCAGUAUUCGCAAUCGGAAAAGUUCACCUCGAAUAGGAGAAACGAGCGGCUCCAAGUUCGUUGGCUUGGAGCAGCCUUCCGACGAAGUCCACAAAAAUAUUCCGAUCCCUGAAGCGCAAAAUACCCCAGCCAUUCCGCCGAGGAAGUCGAGUUUGAAGAGUUUCGCCCUCUUUCUCACAGACGAUUUCACCCGGACAAAAGCGAAGGUGCAGCCACGAUCAGGCAGCCAAUUUAUGAGCCUUACCCCUAGUCCGACUAUCUCCUGGUUCCGCCAGCAUGCCGAAUCCAGUGAAGAGACAAAUUCAGGCAAUCAGGGCUCAGUCUCGCAUUCUGAAACUGAUUUUGAGACUCCUUCUUGGACUAGCGACUCAUAUACCAAUAGAGCCGGAGGGAUGAAGGCCGAGAACAACUUCCUCAUUCCGAGCAUCCCCAAAUCGUCCACCAUGAAUACUAUGCGAGCACUUAUCGAUGGAUCCAUAGAUCGAGAUGCUGGGCUUGACGAUCAAGACGAGACAAUACGUCAGCCGCCUCUGCCAGGGCAAGAGCAAGCUCGGCAUCAAGGUCAGUAGGCAAGUGAUACGAGAACAUGUGGGAUCCAUAUGCUCGAAGACUCUGUCCAGCAGCAGUUUCCUCGCCGGGGGCGUCCUGAAGGAGAGGAACGAUGAAACGAGUCCGCCCAACAUUGUCCACCACAUUAAGGGCGUUAGGUUAAGCCUCCCCUACACCUCAAUCCGUUUCCAGCAGUGUCACCUCGGAGUCACGACUGGCCGCUGGCAUCAAUGAGUGGUUGGAAGAGCACGAGGCGAUGGAGGAGACUGGAUUGCAGCGAGGAAGGAUGUCUCGGAUCAAGGGGCAGAAAAGGCGAUGGCUAACGUAGCAAUUUGUCAGGAAUGUUUGAUUGAAC